UCGUGGCUGCGCUGUCGCGAGGACGGACGAGGAGGUAUCCUUGUAUCCGUCGUCACUCCGGUCCCGCGAGGGCUUCGGUGACAGUUGCGUUCGAUUCCGGCGAGCAAGCGAGAAACGUCAUCGUUCGAUCGAAAGAGGGAGUGAGAUAGAUUGAGAUACAGAGAGAGGAGCAGACGCCAGCCGAGUUCGCCGACGCACGUCGCCCAAGAUGUUUUCCGGCCUGACGAAUCAGGUGUCCACCUGGAUGGGCAAGAAGCCCGAGAACGGGAGCGAGGUGACAUCCGAGGUGCCACCCAAAGCCACCUCCCCGGACACCGAGCCCGGCGCGGAUCUCGAGAAAAAGAACAAUACCAGUCCCAAAGGCAAUAAAUUGGAGAUGUUCGCUGGAGUAAAGAAUCAAAUGUCCGGCUGGUUGAGCGGUGGUAUACCAGGGUUAAGCCGUGGCGCCGGGGCUGCCGAGGGUGAAGCCCCACCGUCAACAGAGACAGAAGAGAGCCAGCCUCAAGAAAGUCAGGCUCCCCCCAGUGAGCAAGUCAAAGAUGACGAUGCAAGCAGUGCAACCGGUGGAGCGGACAGCGGCCCCGCGAGUUUAGAGGGUACUCCGACCGAUGACAAGAAUGGACAACAGGCUUUCGGCGCCGUUUCCACGAAGGCACUGGCAGGUGCGAAGAGUCUCGGCGGGUUCUUGUACAGCGCCGUGAACAAGGCUGGGAAGACCGUGGUGGAGGCCAGCGUGAAAAUCAAGAAGACCGUCGAGGAGAACAGGCUGAUCGCUGAACUUAAUAAGGAACAGGAGGCUUUCAUCGCCAGUAAGCAGACAGGCGAGAAGGUCGAGGCUGUUGCACCGUGGGUUGGCGCGCCGAAUGAGGAUGCGCUGCGUGAGGAGUGCCUGUCCCUUUCGACCGAUCGGCGUAAUUUCGUGAGAGCACCACCACCGGGCGUAGAAUUCACUUGGGACUUUGAAGCCGUUCAGCCGAUGGCACAGGCCACUCUUGCUCUGGACCCGAAUCUAGAAGCUAUGAGGUUCGAGCUUGUCCCGAAAGUUAUAUCCGAGGAGAACUUCUGGCGCAACUACUUCUAUCGGGUGUCCCUGCUACGUCAGGGCUACGAGUUGAACGCGAUGGCCAGUCAACAGCAAGCGGAAAGCAACCCCAAUCAAACGCUCGCCAGUACUGAUAGCAUCGAUCAUACUCAAGUUCAAAUGACCACUGGCCAGACAACCACCACCGGCGUCACGACAGCAAGCAGUAACAGCGCGCUGGCCGAUUCGCCAGGUCACGAGUUCGUAUCCGAUACCAUGAGGGUCUCGGACACAGACCUCGAGGAGGUCCGAGAGGGGAUGAAAAAGCUGGGAAUGCAGCCGCCGAAAGAAGAAGAUUGGGAACGUGAAUUGGAGGCCGAGCUAAAGGAUUACGAGGUUGUAACGGACAGCAAUAGCGGCGUCGGUAGCGGCCAGGAGAGGAGCGUCGCGACGGCCACGAAAGACAUCACGGCCAACGAUAAUGACUGGGAGAAGCAGAUAGACGAGCUGCUCGCCAACGAGGACGACGAGGACCUCAAGUGAGCCGGGGAGAUCCUCUCCGUGACCGGAUAAAAGGUCGCUUCGCAUUGAGAGAUCGCGCGCAAAGAAAUCCGGCGGUGAGAUGCGGCGAGCCGGUUUUCGCAUUGGAACUUUCUCUCUGAUACGGAGAAGCUCGCGAAUUUCUUUUGUACGUGUGCAUUAUCGGUCUUUCGUUGAUCUCCUGAUCCGGGACCGAGGGGAGAAACGAAAGGACGAAGCGAUACCCGAAGCGAAAAUCAAGUCGUCGAUCAACCAUUUCGUUUAGGAGAUCGAUUCGACGGAUGGAUUGAGGCUCGUUUUGUAUAUGCGUAUUAAUUUUUUACGAUAUAAUGUUAUUUUGUAAAGAAAAAUCUGUACAUCGGAUUGCUUUGAA